AGCCCCGCCUAUAACGUAAAAAGAUGUGGGUUGGUCUAGGCUGGUAUGGUCUCCUUUUUUCCUCUGUUUGCAGCUUUAUACUCGGGUUUCUUGCUGUUGUCCUUUAUGUGGCGUACCAGCAAGCCAAACGGCUCAAAUCCAUCAGUCCAUUCCAGCCAGUUGUGGGGAGGAGCCAUGAGCUAAUGCAAGAAACCACUCCUACUUCAACUACACCUUUCUCCUCCGGUAAUCAAAAAGUCGACGAGGAGCUAGGAAAGGUUUUGGAGCUCUGUUUACGUGAUUACGUCCGAUCUUGGUACCACCCGCUAAUAACUGGUAGCCCCACCCUUUUUACUCAAGCUAAAGAAACUGUGGGUGUUAUAGUAGCUGAUGUCAGUAAGCGAUGUCAGGAACCUGAUCUCCUCCCUUUGUUUAUGGAGGCUCUGGUAGCAAUCUUCAUCGAUCACUUUAGGCAAUAUAAAGCAGCACUGGCUCAAGUUACUGCUGAUACUGAUGUUGAGAAAUGCAUUGCUCGGUCUGAUAAUGAAGGAUGGGCCCUGAUAUGUGCCGGAGGAGAAGCUGAAAUAGCUUAUCUUCGUGGUAUCACAGAUUGCUUGCUGAGUCUUGCUCUUCCACCUGAUAAUGCUUCAAAUCGUCUUGUGUUUGGUCUAGCACAGGAUCUACUCUCAGAGCAGGUCCUACUGCCAACUGCUCAUUACAUAAGUACACCUUUCUAUUUUAACUCAAGCGUCAUUGGAUUGACAAAGGACUCUUCGUUAAAUGGUGAAUCUCUUCUCAUUGCACUCACUUGUGCCACCUCAGAUGAAAUCAGCAUCACUUUAGAAAUGACGAUAUCUGAAAUAACGCGACUUAAGAAAAAGGGUAAAACAGAGUUGGACCAGUUUCAGUUGAACAGUUUGAAUGAGCUGAAGAACCAGCUAACUCAAAUGAGAGAAAUAGGACGGAAACAAGCUGCUGAGGUUCAGUUUCGUAGUCAGUUCCCUUUCCUAAAAGUUGUUGUACCUGAAUAUAAGACAAUAACAGAAGGUCGUGUGAAACAUGUUGAUUAUAAAUUAAUCGUAAAGUGUCAGCAUAGACAAGGACCAGAAGAGGAAUGGAUCACUUGGAGAAGGUUCUCUGACCUACACGACUUUCAUCUCAAACUAAAGGAGAGAACGCCAGGUCUUCCAUCGCUUAAGGGUCAAACUAAACCUUUUAACAAGCUUGACCCUGCUUUCCUCGAGCAGAAGAAGCAAAAGAUGCAGAAUUACUUGAAAUUCAUAUCGUCACAGGAUUUCUUGGAUUCUCAUCCAGAUCUCUUUGGUGACAUAAUCCUAUUCCUCACUGGACCAUCUUACACUAGACAAAGCACUGAACUAGCUAGAACAGUUGAUAAACUGGUUCAACCAAUUGUCACUUCAGUUCGUACCAGAGCAGAGACAGUGAAGAAUAUGUCUCCUGGACCACCACGCAAAUCAUUUGAUGAUUAUGACGAAGAAGAAGAAGAGGAAGACGGUCUCGCUAUUCUCCUAUCACUUUUAGAUGAAGUGUUUGACGUCGGGGAUCAAUGGCUGCAGCGUCAACUCAGUAACCUCCUCAGACAAUUAUUAGGUUCCCUUCUCUCGGACAAGAUGGGACAGAGGAUGAUGGAAGCUCUGGAUAAUUAUGCAUCAGGUGACAAUAUCGCUGAACUCAUUGGACAGAUGAGGUCGUCCAUGUGGCCCGAUGGAUAUCCGGCCGAAGCUAGGAAACAAUUACCUCCAGAAACAUUAUAUUUAAUGUCACUUCUUGCAAGGACUAAAUUGAUAGGCAGCGUUCCUGAUGACUUGAAGAGGUUGUUGGGAUCCAGCACUACACACAAAGGAAUUAUAAGAUUAUUUGGAAUGUUUCAACACGAGUCUCUUAACCUAAGACUACUUUAUAGACUCAUGGAAGCGUUUUUGUGUUCACUUUUCCCUGAGAGGGACCUCAGUCAAGGAUUUGAUACCCUUAGAUCACAAAUAAGACAAAAAUAUAAAUAAUGAUACAAUAAUUUAAAUAAUUAUAAUCAUUAUGUAAAUUUUUUAAAUUACGAUUGAAAUGAGCCACUUUUUAGAUCUAAUACACUGCGAAUGUAUUUUUUCAGCUCUUAAAUAAAAUUUGGCAACAUUUACCUUUA